ACUGCUCCUGCAAGAGAGGAAUACGCUGCUGAGCUGCGGCCGAAAGCUCCCACCGGACAAGGCCUCCUCUGCUGCCUCGUGCCCGAGCUUCGGCUUUUUGUUAGAGCUGGGGAAGAGACCCAAGCUAUGCCCAGGGGAAGGGGAGGUCAAGGGAAACUGCGAGCCCACCAGAGCCUCCCACACCUAAUCCAGCCAGCCCAUUCGAACCACGAGGUUCUCAAGCCCGAAUGCACCAGAUGAGCAGGGCAGGGACACAUUUCCUGCCUUAUAAAGGGAGAGCCAGCGAAGCAGCAGCCGUGCUCUGCCCCUCCGAGGACGCCUCAACCACAGCCCCAUGCUCGGGCACAGUUUGAAUGAAAUCAGGUUGAAACACCCUCAUCAUCCCCACGGCACAACAGAACCCCGGCCCCACAAGGGACGAGCAGCACCGCUGUGCAGCAGAUGUCCGGAGGCAUUUUCUCCCCGCUGGGGAGCUGCUCGGAGCUGGAGAAGGCCAAUUGCCACCCGCUGGUCUGCCUGCUCUGCCAUGAGCCCUACCAGCACCCCUGCCUGCUCGACUGCUACCACAACUUCUGCGCCAGCUGCCUGCGGGGCCGCGCCAGCGACGGCCGCCUGCGCUGCCCCCUCUGCGGGCACCCCUCGGUGGUGAGGGGGGGCACGGGGCUGCCCCCCGUGGACCGGCUCCUGCAGUUCCUGGUGGACAGCUCUGCCGACGGCGAGGAGGAUGUGCAAUGUGCCAACUGCGACCGGCGCUGCGCCAAGGCGGAGCUGGACACCAUGUACUUCUGCAACACGUGCGGGCAGCCCCUGUGCGCUCCGUGCCGCGAGGAGACGCAUCGUGCCAAGAUGUUUGCUCGCCACGAGAUCGUCUCCCUCUCCAAGCGCACCAAAGACAUCCAUAAGAAGUGCCGUGAGUGCCGUGCCACGCUGUGCCGUGCUGUGCUGCACCACGCCGUGCCACGCUGCCCAACAGCCCCAUCCCUUGCAGCGCUGCACGAGGAGCCCUACAUCAUGUUCUCCACCGAGAAGAAGUCCAUGCUCUGCAUCAACUGCUUCAGGGACAUGCAGGGGGAGAGCCGUGCACACUGCAUCGACAUCGAGACGGCGUACAUGCAGGGCUGCCAGCGCCUGGACCAGGCGGUGAUGGCCGUGAAGGAGCUGCAGACAUCCACACGCGAGGCCAUCGUCCUCCUCAAGGCCAUGAUCGAGGAGGUGCGCAACAGUGCCAGCGAGGAGGAGGCGGCCAUCAACUCCCUCUUUGGCCGCAUGCAGGAGCAGCUCUCCGAGAGGAAGAAGACGCUCCUGAAAGCUGUGCAGAGCCAGCACGAGGAGAAGGAGAAGGCGUUCAAGGAGCAGCUCGCCCAUCUCGCCUCGCUGCUGCCCACCCUGCAGGUCCAUCUGGUGACGUGCUCGGCAUUCCUGAGCUCUGCCAACAAAGCCGAGUUCCUGGACCUGGGCUACGUGAGUGGUGGCAUCACCAUGGGGCGGACAGAGCACCCUAUGGCAGUGCCAGGCUCACCGCGCUGCAACGCCGCCUUUCAGCAACUGAUGGAGAGGCUGCAGAGGAUCGUGAAGCUGCCGCAUCGCCUGCGGCCGGCACAGACCAGCAAGAUCAACAGCGAGUACCGUGCAGAGUUCGCCCGCUGCCUGGAGCCGCUGCUCAUGCUCAGCCCUCGCCGCUCCGUGGUGGGCAGCGCCAGCGGCAUCGGUCCCGGCAUCACGGGCACGACCAUGCUCCCCGGCGGCCAAUGCUCCAAGACCCUCAUAGUGCCCAGCUGCCCCCCCGACGGCGAUAAGAUGUCGACGGGCCCCAUGGUGCGGAAGCCGACGAUGCACCGGUACAUCAGCACCAAGGUCCUGCUGGCCGAGGGGCGCGAGACCCCCUUCGCCGAGCACUGCCGCAACUACGAGAACACCUACCGGAUGCUGCAGACGGAGAUCCAGAGCCUGAAGGACCAGGUUCAGGAGCUGCACCGCGACCUCACCAAGCACCACUCGCUCAUCAAGACGGAGAUCAUGAGUGAGAUCCUGCAGAAGUCGCUGCAGAUGGACGUGCAGAUCGCUGCUCACUACUCCGCCGUGGAGAUGAUGCGCAGCGUCUUCGAGGAGGUCUGGGAGGAGACGUACCAGCGGGUGGCCAACGAGCAGGAGAUCUAUGAAGCCCAGCUCCACGACCUGCUGCAGCUGCGGCAGGAGAACAACUGCCUGACGACCAUCACCAAGCAGAUCGCGCCCUACGUCCGCUCCAUCGCCAAGGUGAAGGAGCGGCUGGAGCCCAGGCUGCAGGAGCCCCGGGACCCCAAGGAGGAACCGGUGCAGAUGCUGCUCAAGAUCUGCGAUGACAGCGAAGCAGCGCCAAGGGACCCCUCGCCCGGCGGCAGGGAGGGGGCUCCGGCCAGCCCCCAGGGGGGCUCCCCGAAAAGCAAAGAGUGCCGCAGGGGCCAGCAGAAAAGCGGGGCUGAGAGCGGCGCCCGGACAGAGCCUGCGCCAUAGAGCCUGACACCGAGUGCAUGGAGCUGCUCUUGCUUUGUGCCACGAGCAGGGGAAGCACAGCCCGGGCGCAGCGUCUGCAGCCUGCCCUGGGGAGACUUUGUUGGUCUGAAAGUAUAAUUGUCCUCACACUGUCCCUCUUGUGUGUUAGAAGUGAAA